GUCAAUGUAAAAUGACUCUUAUUUCACUUUAAAUGGUCUUUAUUUGGGUAUGUGAUAAAUAGAAUAUUAAAUUCGUGUAAAUUCAUCACUGAAUUUAUUGCACUCGUUGAAUAAAAUAAUAUUAUGCUCGCCAGAGGCUCGCAUAAUAUAAUUUUAUUCAACUCAUGCAAUAAAUUCAGUAUUGAACUUACACUCAUUCAAUAUCCUCUAUUUAUCACAUUAACUGUGGCGCAGGAGUGUAAUAAAGCCAUGUAAUAAAAACGAUAUUACACUAGUGUAAUAACAAGUUUCAAGUUAACACUGACGUGACGUCAUUUGCGCUAUAUAGAAACAUAGCGUUAAACUGCGCUAAUGUUAGAGUUACUCUAUAAACACGCCAUUGAAAAAUUACUCAUUUUAACAGUUUACUGUUCUUAUUUUAUAUAUGUGAUAAAAAGAAUAUUAUAUUUGUGUAGAUUCAAUACUAAAUUUAUUGAACUCGUUGAAUAAAACAAUAUUAUGCUCGUCAGAGGCUCGCAUAAUAUGAUCUUAUUCAACUCGUUCAAUAAAUUAAGUAUUAAACUACACUCAUUUAAUAUCCUCUAUUUCACACAGGUGUGAACAUAGACACUUCAGGCAAAUGGGAACUAUCCUUCCAAUAGUCAAGUUAAACCGAAAAGUUUUAGACAGGGUUUAUAUACAUGCAUAUGAAGCAUGUAUUUAAAGGUCCCUGUUUGUAUACAGCAUAUUUUAUAUUUAAACAUUUUAUCAUUUACCUCUAAACAGUACAAAGAAGUCGUCUUAAGUACCACUGACUUACAAAUAAAUAAACGUAACCACCUUAUUAAGAAGACUUUCAAUUUAAAGUGUGUCCGUGAAACCUGACCUAUCUUGUAGUAAUCAAUAAUCAAACAACUUAUUGAAUGACCUUAUCUAUUUUAGGCUAAUGAAGCUUGAAUGAUUCCAUUAUAAACUCUUAGAUAUGCUGUAAAAUAUAUUUUCACUACAAAUAUAACAUUGUAUAAUAUGAAGUUAAGACGGGAAAAUUAAUAGGAAUUUAAUAGGUUUACAAAGGAAUAAUAUGUUAAAAAUCAAGUUUAUGACAAUUUAAAUAAAAAAAUUUAAAUUAAAAUAACAGAACACUUAAGUAGACAUACAUGUAGACUUUGUAUGAGUUUACCAAAAAUACUCUUUUUAUAACAAAAAUUCUAAGACUUUAGAACAAUGUAACUAAGAUAAAGAAGUGUUUUUUUUGUUUUGUUUUUAAAUACUGAAAUAUAUGGUCCAUUGAAAUAAUAAGUUGGGAGUAAACAUUUAAAUAAAGUCAGGAGUAAACAUUUUAAUAAAGUCAGGAGUGAACAUUUUAAUAAAGUCAGGAGUGAACAUUUUAAUAAAGUCGGGACUGAACGUAUCUAAUACUGUGUAAAAAGUGAUAUUCUAACACCAUCUUACCUGAACAAACAAACAUGUUUACACUGAGUGAGGAGUUAACAUUGUGUAAUGUUGAGUAAGAAGUGAACACUAAAAUACUGGGUCAGUUCACAGUAAUACUGUGUUAGGAGUGAACACCUUUAUACUUAAAAAGGAGUGAACACCUCAACUGAGUAAAAAAGUGAACUAAGACAUCAAAUAUGGGAAGUGGAGAAUCAAAGCCUAAAGUGACACCAUUUGCUUCUGAGGAAAGUCUUAAUGACCCAAUAUGCGACCCAUGUGUUAACCAGCAUAAACCCGCCAAAGGUUGGUGCGGACAAUGUAGCGUGUAUCUGUGUAACAACUGUGUAUCUACACACACACGCAGUCAUCGUGUAGCAACAGGGAAACAACUUCCUAAACAACGACCUCAGUAUGAAUCUCUUACUAACAAUGUCCUUGUAAAACAGGCAUUACCAGUGGCAACUUUGGAAGAUAAAGACAUAAAAAUUGAAUCGGUACCUGGGUUUGAAAGAAACAUCUACGGUUGUAUAAGUGUCGAUGAUUACAUCGUUACUAUACGGGAGAAGAACCUUACUCUUUACAAUGAAGAUUUUGAGUGCAUUGGUGAUAUCGACUAUAAGGUUCUACAUCCAAGCUCAAUCUGUUCCCGUGGUUACGAUAUUGUAGUAUCAUUCAGACGGAUUACUCAAGAAGAGUUGGAGGAUCCAACAAAAAAAUGGCCGAAAUUUAAUGACGUCCAGACAUAUAAACUUGAACCACCAGGAUGUGCAUCUGUUGCAAAACUCACAAAAGGAGUGGCAUUUAAUACGGACGGUGAAUGUUUCUCUACAGCGGUUUGUCCACUCUAUGAUAAAAACUUGACCAUAGCCGCUGGUAUGAGGCUUGACUCUCACCCGGAAAGAGAAGAUAUUGAGUUUCAAGUUCAAAUCAUUAAAUCCAAUGGUAAAGUGCUGAAAACUUUAAAUAUCAAUCAACUUGGGGAACCUUGUUUUACCUGUGAGUUUUUUCUAUGCGCCACUAUGAAAUUUGAAGAAAUUGUUGUUUCAGAAGCGAAACUGCGAAGAGUUCGGGGACUUAACAUGAAAAUGGGGAAAACAUUAUUUGAAUUUGAAGGUGGGUCACCACAGGGGCUGGCAUAUGAUAAAGAUGACAAUGUGUAUGUAUACAAUGACUCAGCCAUUUACUGGAUAGCACCUUUACGACAUAAGAUCCACUACAUGCAACAAGGGUAUAACAAAACAUUUACCCGACGUGAAAGCAGACUGGCAAAUGCUAUAUGUUACAAUGAUAAUCAGAAACUUCUAUAUCUGACAUGUGUAGAUAAAAGUACCAUUGAAACAUAUAGAAUUGUGUAAAGAAGGCUCUAUAAAAAAUAAGAAACAAAGAGCUGUGAAUAUCAAAUUAGAAAAGAAACAUAUAAACCUGUGUAAUACCAGAAGAAUGAUAUGCUAUCAUUUAAAAGGUCCCCAAUAAAAUAUUGUUGUUUCCUUAAUUUUCUCUACAACACAAAUAAAGCUAAAUUUAACUGCAGUGUAAACUUUGUAGAGCAAUAACCUCUUUAUAUCAAUAUCACAUAUCAAUUCUUGCCAAAUAACUGUACAAUAAAUUAAAACUCUCUAGAGUACCACCUCUCUGUAACAACCAAAAUCAUUGCCUUACAAAGAAUAUUGCUUUGUAGACAUUGUACUGUAAAAUUUUCACAACUCCAAAUACUUUGAUACUAAAGGUUGAAAUUGUAUUUUAAAUCAUUCUUGUAUUUAGCAGACUUUAAUUUUAAAGAAUUUUAAUUAAUAAAAACAGAAACUGGAAUUCUGUAUAAUAUCAACUCAAAUCCUCAAAAUCUUUAUUAAAUCUUUAAUUAUAAUUCAAGCUUCAUACAAAUGCAUCCGCCUUUUUCUCUAAUACCAACUCUUUGAAGUUAGUGAUUAAAGUUUUGUUUAUAGCUCAAAGGAAAAGCUUUAAGUUUUUUUUUAAACCCUACAUUGUUUCAGACAAGACAGAUGAAGGAAAACAUUCAAGAUCAAAAGGACAAUUCCUUUCAUUUUGUAAUCCAUUUUAAAAUAAAAUAUUAUUUAUAACUUCAAACUGCUGCACAGACCAUCAAUCCCAUGCAUCAAAUACAAAUGCCAUCAUCAUGUGUGCAACAUAAUUAUUAUUUUUUAUUUUGACAUUUUAAUAUUUCUUUUAUCUAAAACUGAACACUCAUUUGUUGUAUUGCAAUCUUCCUUUGUUUUUACUUUGUUGGCAUUUAAGAACAUCAAUAAUUUGUUUUUCUCGGAUGCUAUCUUUAAAAGGCAUAUACAGGCCACAAAAUGCUAUUAUUUUCAUUUCUCAAAAGCUUUUUAUCUUGAGUUUCAUUGGUCAUUAAAGAACCAUUGUUUAUUUUUUUUGUUUUCUGAUCAUUAAUAGUUUAUUUUAGUUUUAGUAAUUAAGUACAUUGUAUAGAUCACAAAAUACCACUCUGUUUACAUUUUGAAACUUUUAUAACAAAUUAUUUCACAAUAAACGCUACUUUCUUCAUUUGUUUGGCAUAUAACAAAUUCUAAAUCCACAGACAUUAACAAUCCACAUAAGUAAAUCACAAUAGGGCC